CGUACAUUCCUUCCUCUCUUCCAAAUUGACCUUACAAAACCGGAGAAAAUUACUCUUCGUUCAUAUGACAAAAGAUAUUCCGGCGGGAAGGCAGUGAAGACUAGUCUAGUCAAGAAGAAAUUCAAACGAGGAUUGUCUCUUCUUUAGCUAAUUACACAACAAUGAGCGACCAACGUUUGAAGAUCAAACAUGCGAAGCGGGCGCUACAAAUGUACGUAUUCCAAUCAUUCUCCUAUCGCGGAAGACGUUUUCUCGCCGGCGAAAGCACAUCGCAGGCGCAACGAUACUUAGCUACGAGUCUGACGAGGCACUUCACCGUGAACGUCGAACACGCGUGGUUGCCCCGGAAGGUCUCGGGAAGUCCCCUCGAGUGAUGAGAUAGAAGCAAGCGCGACCGAUUACUCGGUGAAGAACCCGCACCGCCUCGCACCGACCAGUCGCCACCACCACCGCCGUGCGAGAUCGUUAUUUGUACGCGGUCACCUCGUCGGCAACGCGUCGUGUCACGCAGUUCUCCGCAACGUAAACAACUCUCUCUCUUCUUCUCAUUCUCGUACGCGUUGCACUCCGUUAUUUCGCGACUAUUUUCCUCCCGACGUCAUCCACCUUCCCUUCGUCAGCCUAUCGUGUGAUACACGCCAAUGAGAGACUGAAAACAACAAGGAGAAACAAUUGAGACUUUCCUUCGGGAGAAGGGAGAAGUACUGAGCGGAGGCGGACGAGAGCAGUACCUGACCGUAGUACUUAGUAUAUACUGACACAAGUUACCAGCGUCGUACCAAUAUCAAUACGCGAUAACAACCAAUUAUCGCGUUUAUAUACCGCGACGGACAGGUGCCGAGUCGGGUGAACCCCCGUGUGGAAGAAAGGCGAACUUUCAAUGACGGUCUCCUGCGUGAACGAGCAAUUCGAUCGAAAGCAGCCGAGGAGGAAAGACCUCGGGAGUUCCAUGAGGCGGUGCAAGCAUCCUUCGGAGGCCGCCGGGGACGGCGUCGCGGACGACGGUGUGAAACGGUUCCACGGUGACGGUCUGGUCGUCCGGCUGGACUCGAAUCAUCGCGUACUCGAAAUUACAGGCGACGGUUGUCGCGUCAUCCUGUCAAAGAACUCGGGCAGCGUCCACAUCGUCGGCGAUGGUUGUCGUCUGCGUGUGAACCACAACGUAGGUAACAUCAAGUACACCGGCGACGGCGGUCAAGUCCUUCUCGGGCCAGACUCCUCUAAGGAGAAGGUAAGAUUCGUGGGCGACGGCGGCAAGGUGAUCUUCGACUCAGGCCCCGAGGCGGCGGAGCCGACGGUCGAUUAUGGAAAGUUCCACUAUCAGAGAAGGAGCCUGAAAAAGUCUCCGGCGAGUCAGAGGGACGAGAAGACCGCGUGUUCGCGCGGGGAGCUCGCCGGGGGCGCAUCCAGCUGCGAAAAAUGCGAAGGACGCAACGACGAGGACGGUGGCUGGCGCGUGACAAUGUCGUCAUCGAGUCGGGAAUUCUUGGACAAUGUGAUGAACGACUUGAAAGAGAGAGGCUGCCGCCAACGGGGGAAGUAUAGCAAGUGCGACGACCAGACUCGGAAGUCCUUGCGACGUCAGGUCGUCACCGUCACUAAGGUCGUCACGAAGGUGCGAGGUGACGGCCGGUGCGUGCGAAAACGACUCAACGGCGGCUCCUCGUUGAUUGUUAAUUCGACCAGCGACGUUGACUCGUCGCCCUGUCGCAACGGACAGGCGUGCUGAGAACUUCGGCCAUAAAGUGACAUCGAGAUCAAGUGACGUAACCGGAACUCAGAUGGCAUUACGUGAAGCCCGUCUCCGCGUCUGUGAAAAGCGAAAACGUCAACGGCGAACGAUUGAAUCGUCGUUGUGCGCGUAGUAAUUGCGGAGCAAUCGACAACGUAAUCGAUCGAAAGCCGCGAACACUGGAAACCAGCGAAUUCUCUGCCGACAGUUAACUUUAUUUCCUUGCAAAUCUGACGAAUGCAUUUGUGCGCACAUUGCGUCAUGUUUCUUAUACUUGUGAUAUAUCUUUUUUUAUUUAUUCCCUAAUUCUAAGUAUAUGCGACUUCUUCGUGUAAUUGUCACUGCGCAACACAUUUCUUAUCACUGAUCAAUAAACUAUGUUUGGAGAAUUA